UUUGCUACGCGCGUGGGACGCCAUGGCUGGUGGAGGAACUGAUGGUGACAGACAUUUCUAAUGGUGGUCACGUUUUAUCUGGAUCCGGCAUUCAGAUCUGACAAAGUCGGGUAGAUAGGUGUGGUGUACGGUUGAUUUUUUGAGUUUGACGUCUGUGUUUACUCCAACGUAUAACGACUUUCAGCCUCCUAGCUGUCCUUACCAAUAACCCUCGCCACCACAAGCUGACCAUCACUCUUCAUCACAAAGUUGCAAGCUCCUGCAGUCUUACAAGCUCGCUGUAAAUUCGAAUAGACUGCGUGUCCACAUUGUCACAUGAUGAAUGACUCGAUUCUGUCGCGGUUUCCUUUAGAGCUCCGCGAACAGAUCAUAGACCACAUUGUUCUCAAAACCGAGAGGCUUUGGCACAAGUGUCCUACGCAUGGUCCUGGCACAUGUUCAUGGGAUCCUGCGGAGGAGAUGCUGCUACAGUUGUCACGCCGCCAUGCUCUUUUAGCUACUUGUCGUGAGCUCCAACAUCUUGGUCUUCAAGUUUACUUACGACGCACACGAUUUACUUCGCAUCACUCCCUAUCAUUAUGGCCAACCAAAUUCUACAACGACAUGAAGACCGAAGAUAGUGAUGUUUAUCGAUCUCUGCCAUCGCUACAAUCGCGAGGCUUCAUCGAAAGCCUUGGAAGCGUGGGCGUCACUACCUCUGAUGACUUCUUACAUCACACCGGCUGGGACUCCAAGUCAAGCACCAAAAGAUUCGCAAACUGGAUCGACGAUCCUUUGGAGAUUCUCUCCCUGUACAGGGAAGCUGCACAUGCUGCUUGUCGGCUACGCAUUGUGCAACAUGAUAGGGGACUUGGAAACCAUCAAAUGUUUUACGGACACAGCUAUCGCUUACCAACUUUUACCGACGGUAAUGCUCCCAGACCGGUCAAAAGGGUCUUGAGAGGUACCUGGACGCAUGAUACGAUAAUUGUUACGGUUGGUCUGGUGGACGAAGCUAAAUCCGUCCAAGCGAUGGAGACCGCAAUGGCAUUGCUCGCUACAGAACAUCGUGAAAAAGUUGAAGCCAUCCAGAAAGAGAUCAGGUGGCAAGAGCCAUUGCCGCUACAGGCUGAAGGUAACACCAUUGACGAACAACGACCCCUGUACAACCAGUUCAUUCAAGCCAUGGAGACAAAGUUUUUUCUUUGGUCGCAACGUGUUAAGAAGUUCCAUCAAGGAUUGAUUCGGGUAGUUCUGGUGAGCUAUAGAAAGGAGUUUGAGGAUGUCAGAAGCCACUUGGAUCAAGUUAGGGACCGUUUGUUACUCGACAUGUCUCAUGGCAUCUCUGGAGAUACUGUGGUGGAUGCAGUCGUGCGUAUGAUGGGGGACAUCGAAUUCGAUGAUGUCGAGUUGACGUGUCGAAGCAAGGGAGAGUUGAGACCAGGUACACUGCUAGGGAAGACCAUCGUGCGAUGUGAUCCCCCCAAAGACGACAUACACACUGUCGUCACGAAGCAAAAGGGCGAAAUAAUUCAAGCUGCGUGAUAUGCCAUUGGAAAGCAGCUUUCCAAAGCGCGAACUGUAUGUUCUGAUCACGAGAACAUCGUCCAUGGGCAAGACACACAUUACUAAGAUCAAUGCUCGGCGCGUGUUUACCUCCAGUGCGCGCUUGAAAUCGAUCGUCGAGAGUAACACAGAAUAAAGAAGCCAACAACUCUUUCUUCCUUCAGACCACGCCCGAGUAUCAGCAAAAGAAAACAACAUCACAGACACCCAGCAAAAAAACCAGGCCUUGGGUGGGGGGAAACAUCUUUUCGACCAAAGUCAUCGUCGCGACCAACCAAGGCUGGGAGUCGA